AUGUUCCACUUGGCUCGUCCCGCUCCGGCAAAGACCAGCCAAAAGCUUCACCUCCGACCAAAAUAUAUAUUGCAAGUCCAACGGGUCAGCUGCAACGCUCAUGCAAUGCCUGUCCUCGAACUCUGGCGUCCAGGUGUCUUCAAUUACGGCGUUGUCAAAAAUUCUAUCCCGGAAGCCAAGUUACGUAUGAACGAUAUCUACGUGUGCCAGCACACGGAUUAUCCUUUACUUGACUCAGAUGUUGCGGAUCAGGAGGAUGAUGUGUUCGCUGUUAUUCGAAAGUGCAAGUCGAGACACAAGGGAAACAGUACUGGUAUAAUCAAUUUUCGAGGAGAUCAUUUGGUGAAAGUACAGUCUAUUGAAGGCCAUUACCAAUGUACUUGGGAAGACGCCAACAGGGGCCCUAUGAAAAUGAAGGCUUGUAUUCCUUAUGGGGAUGGAACUGGGUCUUGGUUUACAAUAUCUGACUCCACUGGAGUACAAGUAACACUGGGUCGUAUGGAAGACAGGGUUAUCUCAUUAUUCCAACAGAAGGAAUGUCCAGAAAGCGAGGGAAGUUUACGAUCCUCGUUAAAUGUUGUUAUUCUCCAUGUAUUGGCAGCAUUGAUUGAAAUAGAUAAUGCAGGUAUUUGGUAG